AUGUCAUCGUCUGUAUUAACUGCUGAUUUGUUAAGAGAUAUAAUUGCCACCAGAUUAAAUGCUAAUUUAGUUCAAGUUGAAGACAUGUCUGGUGGAUGUGGUCAAGCAUUUGCUGUAAUAAUUGUAUCAUCAUUAUUCCAAGGGAAAAAUAAAUUAGCUCGACAUCGAUUAGUUAAUAAUGAAUUGAAAGAUGAAAUAGCGAGUAUUCAUGCAUUUACUCAAAAGGGGUUCACACCUGAUGAAUGGAUAGCUCAAGGUGGACACCUAUAA